AAUAAAAAGUCAGACCCGAGCACCACCACAUGAAGUGAACCCCGUGAUUAUCCGCUUGAAGAUACAAUACAUCCGCCAUUACUGUCGUGUUCACACAUCUGUUGAUUUAUUUCCCUCUUAAAAUCAGAGCCUUGGAAUUAUUGAAAUAUCGUUUCAUUUCUUUUGGUUUUCAUUCUAAAUCACUUAAAUCAGCAAACCCAAUUCACAAUCUCACGCUUGUUAUGUCUUCUUGUUUCAGAAUGCAUUGAUGUCACUUCUGCUUCUGAGGAUAUAUCAUAAUAAACGAAAUCUUGUAAUCUGGCUCAAGGUAUGGAGCAUGGGAUCGUUAAUACUGUUACACAUCAGACUGAAUCAUUUGAUAGAACAAGCAGUGCGGAUUCUUCUCUUAGGAGGCGUUCUUUAAGUUUGUCACAUACCCUUCCCUUUCACAUAGUUGAUGAUAUUGAAAGUGAAAAUGUUUCGGAGGCAGGUGAUAUUGGGGAUAGGGCACUUAGUAGCAAAAGACAUAGUGAGAGUGGCAGCAUCCGAGUGUCUAUUGAUAGUGCUCUAGAGAAAGGAGCGGUGUUUCCCAUUCAUGACGACAAUUUAUUAGAAUCACAUGUAUUCAAGUUUCAUGAUUCCACUGCUUCGAAUACAUUCCCAGGACCACCAUUGCCAGAAGAAAUCAUAAAUCCUCUUUCCACGGAUGCAGUAGUGUCCUCUAUGGACGAACAGCAAGAUAAAAAGGUUGCAAUAGUAUUGCCACCUACAUUGGAGUAUAUAUCAUGUCUCCUUUAUCUAUCUGUUUUUGGAAUUUUUGGGGUUUUAACAAGAUAUGUACUACAGAAACUUUUUGGGCCUAGUGUUGCUGGUGUGACGAGUGACCAUUACCCUUUAUACCUUGACCUUCCCUCUAACAUGGUUGGGUCUUUCUUGAUGGGAUGGUGUGGUGUUGUCUUCAAAAACAAUAUAGCCAGAAUGUCCGAUCAUCUAGCCAUUGGAAUAACGACUGGUUACUUGGGAAGUCUGACAACUUUCAGCGGAUGGAAUCAAAAAAUGCUUGAUCUUCUAGUCGAUGGCCACUGGGUGUUUGCGGUGGUUGGUUUUCUUGUAGGCUUAUUCCUCGCAGCAUAUUCCAUCAAAUUUGGCAUUGGGACUGCCAAGUGUUUUAAGUCACUGCUCAAAAUAUCAAAUAAAAGUGAAACUAAUACUAGCAGCAACUGGAGGGUGGACAGCUGCAGGCGUCAUUUGACAGUUAUAGGAGCUUUGGUGCUUAUGCUAGGCGUUUUAUGGAGUGUGAGUGGAACAAUGCUGAAGGAGGAGUUCAACAGCGGAAGCAGUGAGGCCCAGUUAUGGCUGGCUUGCUUAGUUGCAGCCCCUGGAGUGUGGAUCAGGUGGUUCUUGGCACGGCUCAACGGACGCGGAUUAGGAAAAUCAGUGUAUGUAAAAUGGGUCCCUUUCGGGACUCUAAUUGCCAAUGUCUCUGCAGCUUGUAUCAUGGCAGCACUUGCUACAUUGAAGAAAGCGGUGAACACCAAGACAUGCAAUACCAUAUCAACGGGCAUACAGUUAGGGUUUUUGGGCUGCCUGAGUACUGUUUCGACUUUCAUUGCCGAGUAUAAUGCCAUGGAAGAAAGCAACAAAAUGUGGAGAGCUUAUGCAUACGCUCUUGCAACGAUACUAAUGUCAUUUGGCUUGGGAAUCCUGAUUUACGCUGUACCUGUUUGGACUAGGGGAUAUGAAUAGCAUGCUAAGGUGAGUUAACGAUUCUCUCUUGUUGGUUACUACUUACAAGUGCUAGACAUUAGUAUGUAGAUGCUGAAGGAAACUGUAAUUGUGCUGCCUUGUAGCUCUAUUGUAGAUUACUAUACAACGCCUGAUAGCUACAUUUGUCCAAAUAUGAUAGUUUCUCAACUACAUGUAACAUGUGUAUAGAGUUUCUACUUGCAUUACAUACAUUCAGUUGUUUCUCCAUAAGUAGAAAAUUGGAGUUGGUACACUUUCAUUUAUGUUGAAUUGUAAAAAAUAUAUGGUACAGUAUGCUAUAGUUUUGAAAUGUGAACA